AUGGCAAUUAAAAGAGCAGGUGGUGUUCCAGCUAAAGCAGCGAAAUUAAUAUACAGCGGGCACAUAUUAUCUCAAAUUCGUUACAAUAUAUGCAACUGGAGUAUUUGUACUAAAUUUCAUAUUAAUCAAAUGGGUGUAGUCAUGAACAGAAGUUUAAAAACAUUAUAUAAUUUGAAUCCAAGAAUGGCCACUAAGGAACUAUACAUAAAAACAAAUGAAUUAGAUAUAAACCAGCUUAUAUAUUUCGAGAAGUGCAAAUAUGUUUUCAAAAUAACAAACAAAAAAAUGAAAACAUCGUUAUUGAUUCCAACAAGAGAUACGGUACAUAAUUAUAAUACUAGGCAGAGAAGGCAUCUCAUGGUACCGAAAGCAUGUACAUCGAUGAAGUUGAAAGGCCUAAAAUGCAGUGCAAUAAGGAUAUUUAAUACAUUACCGGAUGAUAUAAGGAAUUGUAAAGGAAAUAGUAAUAAAAUAAAAGAUGAGCCAAAUGCGGAGGCCAUUAUCCGAGCAAAUAUUCAAACUGGGUUGCGAAUAUUUAAGGAAAAAUUGCCUGAACCAAUGCGUUCAGUGAUUUUUAGUCGCAACCCAGCCUCUUUAGAAGAUGCUAUUGAGGUCCUCUAUGAAGGCGAUUAUGCAGAUUUUAAUCCAUACAAUUCUAACAAUAGAAAUUUUUACACAAAUAAAAACUUUUACAGAAAUAACAAAUCAUAUCACAAUACAUCUAACACUAAUACUAAUAGAAAUGCUAAUAAUGACUACGCACAUAAAUAUAAUUAUAAUAUCGCUGGUCAUAAUAGUAAUUUCGUGCGUUAUGACCGCGGUAACAACAACAACAGAAAUUCUACAAACAGUAGUAAUUUUAGUAGUAAUAUUAAUCGUAAUAACAGUAACAAUAAUAAUAAUAGUAAUAAUUACAAUCGUGACAAUAACUAUUCUGGGUUCAGAUCUCAACGUAAUCUGAAAAAUCAGUCCGGAAAUUAUCAAAAUUCCCGGUCCCAACCGAUAGACGUAGAUUCAUCACCGUCUAUAAUUCAGCGGGCGAAUAAUUUAGAAAUAAAAAAUGCAGAUUGUUCAAACGCUUGUUCUUGUGCUGAGGCUAACCAGCGAAGUAGUUUGGAAAAUUUUUAA